GGGCUGGAGUUUGGGUUGCUUGUGAGAUGGGCUAUACUGGUGUGAGGCGAGAAAGGAAGGGGUUAUGGGGCUUGGGGGCUACGAGUCGUGUUAAUAUGUGUUUGGGCGGUAGGAUAGAAGGGCAAGGAGAGGGGUUGGAGCUUGGCCGAGAUGUGUAUGGAUGA